UAUUUAUAAGGGUUAGGAAUAGAACGCAUUUGUCAUUGAGUAUUUUGAACAUAGUGCGACUGUGGUGAAGAGAAAAUAUUGUUUUAAAUUGGUCAAGAUGUGGAAAGUUUUUCUCUGUAUGUGUGGAAUCGCUGCUGUGGUAAUUGUCAACGGUCAAUUCGACCUCGUGAGUCAAAAAUGCCUCGACUGUUUAUGUGAGGCCAGUUCCGGGUGUGCCCUUUCUACACAAUGCCACAACGAAGCGGAGAACUACUUUUGUGGGCCAUAUUUGAUUACUUACUCUUAUUGGUCGGAAGGCGGAAGUCCUGGGAAAGAUCCUAACAACCCUCAAGAUUUCGAGGUGUGUCUUAAGGACAGAACAUGUGCAGAGAAGGCCGUGGUAGGCUACAUGAAGAAGUGGGGAAAAGACUGUGAUAAUGAUGGAAAUAUUACGUGUUAUGAUUUUGCUCGCAUUCACAAAGCUGGGCCUAUAGGUUGUAACACCACUUCGGUCUUAAAUACGCCCUACUGGGCCAUUUUCAACAGAUGCUUUUCUUAAUUAUAGUAUUUUGGCACUUGUGUAUAAAGUUAAAAUCAUAAAUAAUAUUCAACGUUAAACUGGUACACAAUUAAAUUUUUUUUUUAAAUUGUGUAUCAGUUUAACGUUGAAUAUUAUUUAUGAUUUCAAAUGCUUUCCUUACUGGCCUGCCAUCUAUCGGCAGUGCAUUGAACUUAGACAUUUCUAUAAAUGAUCAAAAGAAACUACUUUUUCUUUCUUCUAUUUUUUAAAUUUAUUUUUCAGUUGGAGUAAACGCU